AGGAGAAGGAACAUCAAGGUCGGGCCUGUCAAGUGGUGGGAGAUAGAAAUUGUACAAAGAUGACGGCGGUAGCUAUUUCUCCGGCAAUGUCUCAUAACAAUAACGGCAUAAUACAAGUAGUAAAUGAAAGUAAUUUAAGUAAGAUAGAGAGCUUUCUCAACGACCAGGCUUACAGAGAAGCCAUUGAAAAUUCUUCAAGCUACAACAGCCGACUAUGCAGGGAACGACGUCUUCGCAUGCCUUUUCUCGACUCCCAAACAGGAGUUGCACAAAAUCACUCUGCACUUUUCAUGUCUUCAAGAGAAAGAUUACCAGGUUUAUUGCAUGGUCAAAUUUAUACUUAUCCCAGUAAAAGAUGGCGGAAAAAACGACGGCAAUAUUUAAUGCAUUAUCUACAUCCAAAACGAGGACCAAGAGGUGACACAGAAGAUGGAACAGAAGGUGUAGAAGCUAUUACACAUGUAAAUGAUGAUAGCAAAGAUUCAGUAGGUCUUAAAGAUGAACACAGUAAAGAUGCCUGGUAUUAUGAUGAGCAGGACAUGUUAGACAUGGACGCUUAUGACGAACCUGAUCCUGAUAGUGAUUAUGAUUAUGAGGAAAGCUAUAGUAGUAAACGAAAACGCAGAAAAACACGUGGUGGUGGUCAUCAUCCUGCACGUAGUCAUCCACCUACCACAGAUAGUCCAAGCGGCAAACGAGCCAAGGGUGGGGGACGUGGGCGAAAAAAAGCCAACUACGAUACUACCAUUGACUCUGAUAAACCAUUCGUUUGUGACCUAUGCAGCGCACGGUAUAAGACCAGACCUGGUCUGGUCUACCAUUACGGUCAUUCCCACUCUACUUCCUCUGGUGAUCCUGCUAAGGAACUAAGUCCCAGUCCUGCCGAAGUUGAACCUAGGAGCGUUGCAGACACCGCUGCUUCGAACCAGCCAGGUGGUACGCGUCGGGGUCGUCAGAGCGCUACUUCCUCGAGUACCUCAAGCCCGUCGCCGGCUGCGCCCACCGCGGCUGCGACUCCCGCUGGAGCGGCACCGCAAUCCCAACAACAGUCGUCGCAACAGCAACAACUCCCACCUACGGUGCAGACCCCCAGUAGCGUCGCACCACUAUCACCAACAGUGCCAACGCCUAAGGAAGAUCAUCUUCCGGCCGCAUCCUCACCCGGUGGCACUGCUGUUCCUUCGCUCUCCACCGCAGAGAACGCUGCGGUAACCACAGGAGGACCACCCACACCCGGAGGCGGAUCGUCAAACUCCGGCGAAAAGAAGGCCGGCGGCAAGUCUUCCGCACAGCCGUCACCCUACUGCGACUUCUGCCUAGGUGACGCACGCGAGAACAAGAAGACCGGUGGUUCCGAGGAGCUGAUGUCGUGCAGCGACUGCGGCCGCUCAGGACAUCCCACAUGUUUGCAAUUCACUGCGAACAUGAUCGUUUCUGUUCGCAAGUACAGGUGGCAGUGCAUCGAAUGCAAAUGCUGCUCCAUAUGCGGCACCUCUGACAACGAUGAUCAGCUGCUGUUCUGUGACGAUUGUGAUCGUGGAUAUCACAUGUAUUGUCUGUCACCGCCACUCGCAUCGCCACCGGAGGGCUCUUGGUCUUGCCGCCUGUGCAUUGCCGAAUUUCACCGACGUGAUUAAAUUUCCAAUCACUUUCAUGGAUAGAUCACGGAGUUAUCCAUUGUUGCAGCGCAGCUCUUAUUAGGAGAAUUAGGAGAGUAUUCACACGAGAGCUCACACUCGUAUAGUAUUAUGUGGCGUAUUGUACCAGCAAAUUUUUCGAGACACACACACAAAACAAAGAAAGUCAACUUUGCAUCGAUUGCUAUUUAUUACGAAAUUUGCAUUGAUCAUUACUUCCCCCUCUCCCCUGUUAAUUAAAUUAUGUUAAUAAUAACGAUAACAAUAAUAAUAUUAAUAAUUAGAAGAGAAUAUACAUUUAUAUAAUAGCAUUAUUAUAUUAGGAUAUCUCAGGCACUGGUGAUCUCAACGAGAUAAAGAUAUGUAAGGGAAAUAUGUAUUUAUAAUUUAAAACGAAAUAGCUUCUACGAGAAAUAGAUGUAUAAAGAUAUGUCGUAAUUCAUAACCGACUGUUAGCGAAGUUCCGUGUGGAGCAGACAAAGAGAUUAAUAAUUUUAAAGACAAAGACGGAGUUCGAUUUACCGACGAUGUUAGAUUUUACAUUCGUACUGAACACAAAGUGUAUUUUUUGCUCAUUUUAGAAACUGACAUAUACAUAAAAAAAAAAAAAACAAAUAUAUAUAUAUAUAUAUACUCUUUACAGCGAUAUUACUAACAUAAAACGAAUGAUAGAGACGUAGUCCAAGGUCGCUAAAUAGGACAAUACUCUCCUAGUUCUAGACUUACUCUACUCUUAGUCAAUCAUAAUGAAACUUUUAUAUAAAAUUCAAUUGCUUUCGGAAAGUUUGUAAAUUGCUUAAAUUUGUCGAAAUUUUGACGAUCUCCACUUUUCACUUUUCUUAAUCCCUCGCUAUCGACUUGGCUCGGAUAAAAAAAAGUUUUUAUAAGAAAAGAUACGGAGAGAAAUGAAAAAAAUUCAUAUUCUAGGAAAUCAUAAUAUUAAUAGUAUUUGUUCCAUGAAUAGUAAUAGUAAUUAUCUGUUUCUCUGUAUGUAUAUCAUGAUACUAAAAAGCUUUUACACUUAAUGACAUAACUAUUAGUAGCGGCAUAGCUGUCAUAUACGGAGACUUGCAGAAAGAUUAUAUUCUACAUGUUCUUUGUCAUUUAGCUCAGUAUUUUUGUAUUUUAUACAUAUACAUAUAUAUAUUAUAUAAACACACUUUUGAAUGUACUUAAUUUAAGAAACUAUGGUGAUAUUUGGUAUUUGUUACUUGUAAAAUCUUGUUUUAACUUGAUGCUUUUAAGACCAUCUAAUUGUAUUAGUGUUAGACAUCACUCGAAUUCGCUGACUUUUAUCUUUUACGGUUUUUUUUAUUUUUUAUUUUUUAUUGAAUUGAUGGAUUUACAUUUUAUAUCGCUUAUUAUUUUUAACAUGUAUGCAAAUUUCAAUAAACAUUAGUUUAUACAAACCGGAUAAGUUUAGAACAGUCUAUUACGCGCGUGUGCCAUUAUAUAUAAUUUUCAACUACAGAAGACAGAGAGAGAAAGAGUGAAAAAAAAAAA